GCCAAUACAUGGGUUAAUUUCCAAGAGAAUAUUAAAUAUCACAAAUGUCCUCCAGCCAGUGACAUUCUUUUACAUGUGCUUUGUAACUAUUGAAUCAAAUAUCAAUGUGAAUCUUCUCCAUAUUUUUCAUUAUUUCACCUGGGAUUUUUCAAUAUUAAAACGUAACUUUUCACGAUUUUAUGAUUUAACGCGAUUGCAGAUGACGAUAUUUCUCCUCCUGUGAUGUCGCUCACCCCAACAUAUUCCUUGCACCUCAGGCGGACAUUUAAUUAAACAUGACCCGGGGGAAUCACCCUGCGGCGCUGACUCCUCUGCAGUCAGGUUACAUCACAGCUACUUCAGUGACAGAUCCAGCGCCACAACCGGGAGUCGCAAGUUUACCGCUCACUUGGUGGCAGUGAAGGCAGCGUCGGGAGCUUCCACAGCUGCCUGUGCUGGAGAGGCCCAGUUUCCACUAUGUCAUGACAGCUGUCAGGAGACUGGAGCACUUUCAGAUCGGCCUUUUUGGACCGCUGUCUUCCUGGAUGGUUAAGGAGAACGUCGCUAGACGCCGAUCAUGGCCAACUCUUUUGGCUGGAGAGAGAUGACGAAUGGUGGAGGGCACCCUCAAACAGGAGGGUCGAACACCUCACACCAUCUGCUGAAGACACAACAUCGGCACAGACGCAUGUCGUCCUCACCACUGGGCAGGGUGAUUCUCCUGGACGCACAGGUGGACGGUGGCGACGACAGUGAAGACCUUCACACUGUGACAGUUGACAGGAGUCCGGACGGACGCCUUGGCUUCAGUGUGCGGGGGGGUUCUGAACACGGACUGGGUAUAUUUGUCAGUAAGGUGGAGGAGGACUGCCCUGCAGCGCAGGCUGGCCUGAGUGUGGGAGACAAGCUGGUGGAGGUGAACGGCGUCAGCCUGGAGAGCAUCACCAUGAGCAGUGCUGUGAAGGUCCUGACGGGAAACAACAGGCUGAGGGUGGUGGUGCGGCGGCUGGGCAAGGUCCCCGGCAUCUGCUUCUCCAGAGAGAAAACCACAUGGGUGGACCUGAUCCACAGGCGGAUGGUGGUGGAGGAGGAGAGUGGCCACACAGAGAGAAGCUCAGACAGCGCCCUCUGCAGGAGUGUCCACCUGUUCACCACGUCUGACGACUACUGCCUGGGAUUCAACAUCCGAGGAGGCAAAGAGUUCGGCCUCGGAAUUUAUGUGUCCAAGUUGGACCCAGGAGGCCUCGCGGAGCAGCACGGCAUCAAAAUGGGCGAUCAAAUUCUUGCAGCCAACGGGGUCAGCUUUGCCAACAUCACACACAGCAGCGCGGUGGAGGUGCUGAAGAGCCACGCGCACCUCAUGCUUACAAUCAAGGAAGCAGGAAGAUACCCGGCUUACAAGGAGAUGGUGGCUGAAUACGGUUGGCUGCAUCGCUAUGUCACCGGAGGUCCGCGGUCAUCCUCUCACGGGUCUGACUCGUACUCUUCUGCCUCCUCCAUGUCCUCCGGGACCCCCCUCAGCUCCCUCAGUGCUCUCUCUCAGGCCUUAAUCCUGCCUGUCUUUGGCUCAGCACCGUCAGACAGCCACGGCAGUGAUCAGCGAACGACCCACUCCUCUGUUCAGGAUGAUACCAUAAAGCACCUCCACUGCACCGACCGAUGUUUGACAUCAGAAACCAGUCGAACGGUUGGUGCCACUCUCUUGCUAAAAGACACUGUCAUACAAGGAAAAGGUGAGGGGCCACGGCAGGCGGACCCAGCAGGGCAGAGAGACUCGCCCAAGGCAGCAGCACUGGUGGCCCUGAGCAGAGCCAGGAGGCCGGUCAGACGCUCCCAAAGUCACAUCACCACGUCGGAGGAAAGAAAACUGGAGAAGAAAAACAAGAAACAACAGAGCACCAAAGAAAGUGGCCUCAAACGUUCCAAGACAUUUGUGAACCAACUGUUUCGGAAAGACCGUAAGGAGAAGAGCCGCUCCAAGUCUCCCUCGCGCCAUGAUGACAGAGGUAAGAGAUGUUCACCAAAAGGAUCUCGCGCAGGGUUGAAGGAGCGGAGCCCCUCCCCCCGAUCAGACACCCUGAAGCACGUGGAGGACAUGUCCAAGAAGCUGCUGAGCUCUGACGAGGUGUCUGCCGUGAUGAGACACUGCCACCGGUUUUUGUGCGAGAAUGUGCUCGAGGAUUUAGUGCGCCCCCUUUUGGCCAUCUUCGAUCGGCCUGACAAGCUUCUACUUCUGAGAGAAAUAAGAAUGCUGGUUCCUGCAGCAGAACUGGCUCGCUUCGACAGCCUGGUCAUGCCCUUGGAGUUGGAGGCUUACACCGCUCUGAGUCGCCGCUCCGUCCCUUCCCCAGCCUUGCGCUCCCCCGGCCCUGGAACACCUCGGCGACACCUUACAACCCCAAUCCCUGACCACAGGGGGGGAUUCCACCUGCAGCCAGUCCAGGACACCACCACAGGUCAUGGACUGAUGGGAGAACUGGAGCAACUGUGUGUGACCCGACAUCAGCCAAGACCCCCGUCUCAGAUCUUCACCCCGCUGCUGGACAUACCAGUGGAGAGUUUCAGCUCCUCCCCCGCUCGCUCCCGCUCCCUCAGCCCUUCACCCACUGGCAGCCUUCUUCUCCCAGACUCUCCGAUCGGCGCCCAGCCUGCGUGUCGACGCCAUCGCUCUCCUACAAGAGAGGGUGAAGGGUCACAAUACAGAGACUCCCAAGUCAGUGCUGGGCGUGAACGUGGGAGGUCACCUGUUAGAAGAGGCAGACACGUCAGAGAGGGAAGUCCAGACAGCAUGAGUCGGGAGGAGGUCUACACUGAGGUCAGCGUGAGGGUCCCUUCACAGCAGAGAGCACCUCAGCUUGAUGUGUUUGAACCCCCCGUUGAGAGGAUGAGUCCUCAGGGGGGCAGACACUCACACAAGGGAAGAGAAACUCCGCCACCGGAGGAGUACGACAUCACUACUUUGACCAUCUCUAAAGCCAAACCAUCGCUGGGAAUCAGCAUCUCGGGAGGAGCAGAGUCUCGAGUUCAGCCCGUGAUAAAGAUCGAGAAGGUUUUCUCUGGAGGAGCUGCAUCCACCAACGACGCUCUGAAGGCUGGUUACGAGCUCCUCUCUGUGGAUGACGAGAGCCUGGUGGGGGUCACACAUCAACACGCCGUGGACGCCAUUCGCCGGUCCUUCAGUAACAAAGACAAGAACCCCAUGGUGUUCGUGGUCAAGGUCCCCAAGAUCCACAACGGCUUCACUGGCCACUGGAGGUCUUCGGUCUAGCAUCAGCGCGGGAGGCGAUUCAUCCCGAGUCAGCAGCAGACGCAGUGUCCCGGAGCAAUCUGCCACUUUGGAGGCUUAAUUACAACACGCUGGGAGGGAGAUUACGCAGCUGGGCUCUCUGCAGCCUUCAGAGACGUUUGGAGUCCGCCAGAUAU